AUGACAUCGACAAUACAACCAAAAACACCAUGUACGACAUGUGGUAAACCAUCUGCUUUGUUUAUGUGUCGAGGAUGUGAAAAAGAUUUUUGUAUGCGUCAUGCAAAUGAACAUCGACAAGAAUUAGGUAAACAACUUGAUGAAUUAACACUUGAUUAUGAUCAACUUCGAGAAAAAUUCAAUGAAGAAACUGGACAAUCUCGAUAUUAUAUUCAGAUGAAAGAAAAAAUUGAAGAAUGGGAACGUGAAUCAAUUGAGAAAAUUUAUCAAGUAGCUAAUGAUGCUCGAAAAAAUUUAGAAAACAUGAUUGAAAAACAUUCAACGAAAUUAAUUGAAUGUUUAACUAAAGUUGCAUGUCAAAUAAAUGAAGCACGUAAAGAAGAUGAAUUUUUUGAGACGGAUAUAAACGAGUGGAUAAAUCAAUUGAAUAAAUUAAAAAAUGAUAUAUAUCAACCACCAACAUUUGAUAUUCAAUAUAGUGAUAAUAAUAUUUCAUUUAUUUCAAAAAUAAAUGUUGGAAUAUGUGAUGAAGGUUUUGGAAGAAUACUUGGUAAUGUUCAACUAGAAGAUAAUGGUCAAGUUGCUAUUCAUGUUGGAUCGGAUGAUUAUUCAACAGUACGUGGAAAAAAUCAUUAUUCAUAUGGAAAACAUCGACUUAGAUUUAAAAUUGAAGAAUAUUGUUCAUCAAAAUGGAUAUUUAUUGGGAUUAUAUCACAAGAUAUACCAAUGGAACAACUUUCAAUUAAAAGUCGAUCAUUAUAUGGUUGGGCUGGACCUAAUCAAGUUUAUAUAAAUGGUCGUUUUCAUGCUAGUUUUAAUCAAUAUAUAAGUGAUGCUCAACAAGAUGAUAUAUUAGAAUUAUUUAUUAAUUGUGAUGAACAAAAAAUUAGUUUAACAAAUGAACGAACACAAAGUUCAUAUGAACUUGAUAUUGAUUUGAAACAAUGUCCAUUUCCAUGGCAACUCAAUAUUAAUAUGUAUUUUCGUGGUGAUCGUAUCCGUUUUCUUUCGAACUAA